UUUGACAGAUUCACUGUUGUUUUCUACAUAGAGAAUCAUGUCUUCUGGAACUGUCGGUUCUGGGUGCAUUCCAGUCUGAUGACUAAUUCCUCCUUGCUUUCCUUUCCUCUAUCCUCCAGUUCCCUGCCCUUUUAAUAUGUAAAUCACAUAUUUAUAGAGUUUCCUGUGUACAUCGUGUUUGUGUGUGUGUGUGUGUGUGUGGUGCGUGCCUGUAUGUACAUAUCUGUAUGUGUGUGCAUGUUGUAUGUGUGUGUAUGAAGGAUUGUCUAUAUAUGUGCAUAUGCAAGGCGAAAGGUCAACCUUCGGUGUCAUUCUUUGGGUGUCAAUCAUCUUGACUUUUUAAAAACACACUGUGUGUGUACAUGUGUGGGAGUGUGUGCACUGUUGUGUGCCCGUGGAGUCAUAAGAUAACUUGUGAGAGUCGGCUCUUUCUUUCCACCACAUGGUACUGGGAAUUGAACUCAGAUGGGGAGGCUGGGUGCCGAGCACCUUUACCUGCUAAGAUAACUUAUUGACUCCACCUUUAGAAAGAUUUUUUUCUGAGUCAGGGUCUCACUGUAUAGCACUGGCGGGCCUGGACUCUUCAUGUAGAACAGGCUGGUCUAAAACUCCUGAGUUUGGAGAUGAUAAGUGUGUGCUACCUGCCUGGCCUUAAGUGCUGACUAGAGUCAAUGGCAAACUCCUCAAAACAUUUAGGGAAGAAAUUAUCAAUUCCCCACAUUUUCAUUUGGACGGUGUCAGAAACUGACCCCAGCACAGCCUCCUGCCCUCAAUUCCCUGCAGUCACUUCAGGGUAAGAGGCUGUGCAGCUGUCCUAACUAACCCCUUCUUUUAAAGCGGCAGUACCCAAAUACCCAAACCAGGCAAAGAAUAGAAACAACAAACCCACAUCUGUCACGAACACAGCUCCAAAACUCAACAAAGUGUUGGUACAUUUUCCUGGUACAUUGUGGGAAAACCUGCCACACCACGACUCUGGAGGUAGAGGCAGGAGGAUCAAGAGUUCAAGAUUAGCCUGAGUGCUAUAGUGAGGUCCAGGUCAGUCUCGACACAGCAAGAUGGGGACUCUGAAAAGUAGAAGGCCCACCCCUUCACACGAGCCCCGCCUCUGGCAUCCAGCCUCACCCCUUUCCCAGCGCGUUGUCCCGCCCACCAGCAACCCCACCCCAAAUUAUCAAGAAAGCUCCUCCCUUGAUGGACUAUGAUAUGAAAGAUGAAACAAACCCUUCCCUUCCCUAGGCUGCUUUUGGUCAGUGUUUUGUGGCAGCAACAGAAAAGCAAAUGAAUAUAUGUAUCUGGUCUUUGCAGCAGUUGGGGAGCUGCUUAGGGUUUCUGGUUUGAAACCGUCUCAGUAUGUAUCCUGGAUACAUGAGAGCUGCAGUUCUAAGGUCUCAACCUACCAAGUGCUUGGAUUCCACGUGUGCACCACUGUGAUGUAUCUGUUUUUAUUAAUUAAUUUCCCUUAUUCUUGAAUUCAUACAUAUAUACAGUGAAAUAGGAUUAUGUCCACUUCUAUUUCCUCCCUCCAGGUUCCCUCCAUACCUCCCCAGCAGAGUCCUUCCCAACCCCCUGUUCUCUUCUAGGUGUUUCUGUAUGUCUGCAUCCCAGCGGCUGGUGGCUAAUAGAAAGCCACGCAGAAAGAACGCAGCCCCCUGAGCUGCAUGAACAGCCCUGAGCUUUCUGCUGUGAGCCCUUUGAGCAGUCUUAAAGCUUCUUCCAUGUGUGCUACUUGGAAAAAAAAAAUGCAUGGUGCAAUUUUCACUAAAAUAGGAAAUGAACAGUUAAAAAAAUCUGCUUGAGAACAGAGUUAAGAAUUUGCCCCAGGGCUGUCACUCCAGAAUCCUCAAUCCUUUCCAAAAGUUCCUCUCCUGGUGACUAAGCACUGAGGUUCAUGAGCCUAUGGGAGCCGUUCUUAUUCAAACCACCCUUAGCACCUUCCCUAAGCCUGAAAACUGACACUUCCAUUGCUGUAUGUAUGUAUUGUCAUAGUUCAUAAAAUCUUUUCUUUCUCCUUUCUCCUCUCCCCUUCAUUGCUCUUUUGAGAUCCUAACUCAACACGCUGAUGCUCCAGGCCUGUCUCCUGGAGGGUGGUUUCUCUGCUGUCUGUGUUCCCUCUGCUUUUGGUUGUUACCCUGCUCUAUAAAGGUUCUUCCAGUGCCUCAGUGCAUUGGUAGUACUUCUUUUCUAGAAAGAACGCCUGCCGGUUCCUUUAGGGUUAUACCAAGUUUUCCUCUGUGUGGCUUUCAUACCAAGUUCUAUUCUGGGAUCCCUUCGGUUUCUCUAGCGUUCCCAUAAUCAGUGUUUCCUGACUCACCCACCACUCACCCUCACUGUAGGACCCAGCCAUGAAAAGCAAUACCCAGAAAGGGAUGGGAAAGCUGAAGGGGCCCUGGGAACUCAGGCUCUACACCGCCCCUUGUGGGCUACAGGAAAGAUGGUGGGAGGCCCAGGGACCUGUCUGGAGGAGGAGCGAGCUGCACCAAUACAGGAAAUGGAGUGGAGCAGCGUACAGCUGCUGCCAGCCAGGCUGAGGCUUCAGGAUUCACAUUUCGACAGCGAAGACAUCUUCCUUUCCGUGCCUCGGUGCCCUUCAGUGACUGUGGGAGCGGGAGUGGCGCUGUCACUGCGUACAGAUCCUGGACAUGGCGGCUGACUGUCCCUUACUUGGACGUCAGCAGGUGGUGAGGAGGGGGCAGAGCAGGACCAGGAAGAGAAUUGUUUCUGCAAAAGGUGGCAGAGAUGGCAGAAAGAAUGUGGAAGAGACCCAGAAUGCAUCACGACAUGUGGAAAUCCCCAUCAAGCAACUUUUAUUGGACUCCACAUCACUCCCCAUUUGGAACUCUAAUGAGAAACUGGAUCAGCUUCCCCUCUCUCAGCUGCUGUCCUACCUCAAGGUCUUGGAGGAUCUUAUACAGAGAAAAUGUAGUCAGGUUUUCUGGAGCAUGUCCUCCAUGCUCUCUGAGUCAGUGGUGGCUUCUGCCUGGGUCUCCAAGGAAUCUUCCUCUGCAGGACCUAAAACCGUGAGGUUCAGCGAUACAUGUGGUCCUUUCCCAGCUCUUCCCAUGACUCAAGGACCUCCACAGAUUUCCCAGACCCAGCCCUUGCCCCACCAAGCCGUGACACCAAGCUUGACAGGUGUGAAAGAAGCCCAGACACUGGGCAGCCUCCCAAGCUCUACAUCAAAUCGAGCACUUUCUUCAUCUAGAAGUAGGGUCUGUGUAAAAGAUUAUUCUACCAGUGAGACAAAGAUACCGGUAUCCCUACCAAUUGAAAACCAGGAUCUGGAGUGGAAAGACACUUUAGACUCUAGUGCCCCAAAACAGCAAGCAGGUAUUAGCUGGCCCACUCACAACUUGCCCAAUGGUACCCUGCCCGCUGAACCUGUCAGGUCAGCCUCCAUCCUUCCUGAGCAUUGUCAGUUCCUCCAGCACCAUGAGGAGACACAGAGUGAAGACAAGGUGACUAAGGUGAGAGAAAUACGAGGCUCCCCCUUCAUGGUCCUCUCAUCCCCGGAACUGACACAGCUGUGGGGACAUUUCCCAGCCAACAGUCCUUGCCAGCCCAAGAACAAGCCUGGACUCCCUCAGCCCACCCAGCCCUCCAUCCUCGACUCCAAAAGCUGCAAGCUGAGCCAAAUGAUGGGGUCUGUGUCCUCGGCGAUGCCCUUAAAGAAGCCAGAAGCAUGUGACAUGCACGACCCCAUCAAGAAGGGCCCCGGUUUAAGGGCCAAUGACUUUCCUUGCACAUCAAGCAGGAGGCCUGGGAAAGGCCUGAAACCCAGAAAGCCUGCACUGAGGACAGAUCAGCAGUCCUAUGUGAACACCGCCCAGGACCUUUCCUUCCUCGACCCAAAGACUCAGAUGAAGCUGGAAUCAAACAUCAUGCAGCUUCCUAUGAAACGUAGAAGGAGACCAUAUCUACAGACUCUUGAGUCAGGGGAUCUCACCGCGCCAGGGAUUCCAGCCUCAUCCCUUCCCCAGCCUGUGUAUCCCUCCUCACCCACCUCUGUUUCUAAGGCUGAAUACUAUUCCAAGGCUGCCAUGAUCUUAGAAAAAUUACAUCACCGAGAUCCAGGAGGGACAAGGGUAGAAACUGUGUCAACUGCCAGGCUGCGGAGUUCUCUGCUUGCACACUCACCUUCACAGGUUCAGGUGAUACAGAGAGCCACUCCACCAGCUGCCAGCCAUGGGCCGUCCAAGGCCCUUCCACAUACACGGAAGAGCUACCUGAGCACUAAGACCCGGGCUUUCUGCUUCCAGGCAAGAACCCAGCAGAGCAGGACUGUCCGAGGGAUUGGAAGAAGCAGCCUGCAACCAAGGACCAGUCCAAGAAUUUACAAACCUGCAGCACGGAUGAAGUUUGAGAACAUGGCCUCAGGACAUCCCUGCUGGAGUGGGACAAAGCUGGGCCCUCAAGAAAGGAUCCCACCUUCAGUGGUCAAACAAAUCAAUAGGUCGAAGGAGAAAGAAGGGACCCCUCUUGCAUGGAAAGUGAGUCUGGGAUCCACGGAGAUUCCCAGUAGCCAAGUCAUCAAUAUCCAUCUCAGGGACUUUGAGUCUAUAGAGGCCAAGAGAAGUCCAGGCCAUUUCCAAACACCCACUCUAAGGCACUCAGGAGACUCAGCUCUAAAUACACAAGUGUAUACUGAGACUGAUUUCAGAUCAAGCAAGCAACCACAGUUCUGGUCUGUGGGCCAUUGUCCAGACAGCUCAAGUUCAGUGAGCUUGCCUUCAGAGCACCUGUUUCCCAGCUUCCAGAAUAGAACCAAAAAACCCAAGACUUCCCAGAGCCUGGGUGAUGUCUUCAUGAGGAGGGAUCACAGCCAGAAGACCCAGGACUUCAGAGUUCCCAAGGAUAAAAUUCAAGCAAAGAAUCACAAAGUGUUUCAUCCCAUCAAAGAGAGGAAGGAAUUUAUGAGAUCCAGAGCCUUAAGCCAGGAAGAACAGCCAGGGAGAGGGACCCCCUCUACUCUGAGCUCCACCUGGUUCAAGGAUACAGCCACGACCAAGACUGAGCCCUCUCUUGAUAUGCCAGGAAUAGAACAGACCCCUCAAGAAAGUUAUCUGAUAAAGAUCAUAAAAAAUAUUAUGCAAUACAUAAGCCUCAGCACAAAAGGCAAGGGGCAGGAGGAUUCUGUGAAGAAAGAAAACUCCCCGCCAUCAUCUAUGAUGACCCAGGAAAAGCUCAUCUACAGCAUGGCAACUGAAGUGCAAUCUCUCAUGAAUAUUGUCGUACAGCUCCUGGUGAACUGGCUGGGCCUUAAGGUAGGGCACCCAUCAGAGGCACAAUGGUGUAAAGCGGAACCACUGAUACCCCAGCUGAGAGACUCUUUUUUUCAUUUUCCUGAGGGCGUCUAUGAACCAAAGAACAGCAGACCAGAGAAAAUGAGCUCUGGUCCCCACACCAGCCCCAUGGCUCAGAGCCACACAUUCAGGAACAAGGUGAUCGGGGACAAACAUCAGUCAGGUAUUGCUACCCAGGAAAGCUAUGUUCCACAUCAGAACAGCGUGAAGAGAGGAAUGGGCUGUGAGCAACUCCCCUCUCCCAAGGGAAACAACCAUCCAUGUAGGCACUGGGAAACUGGAGACAAGCAGCAGUUAGGUGUUGGUGCCCCGAGAACCUGUGACUCAGAUCAAAUUAGAACGAAGAGUGGAAUGGACUUCUGUCCACAUACCAGCCCCAAGGGACACAGCCAUGUAUUUAUGCACAGAGAUGUUGGAGACAAACCACGAUCAGGUAUUGUCCAUAGAGCCUGUGACCCACAUCAAAGUACAAAGAAAGGAAUGGGCUGUGGCCCCCUCACCAGUUCCAAAGAUAACAACCAUCCAGUCACAUACAGCGGAACUGAAGACAAGGAGCAGUCACCCCAAACAGACCUUACCAGCAUAGGUCUAGGAGCAGGUGCCUCAGGCCACCAUGGUCUUUGUGCAUCAUGAAAUACUCCAUAAGAUGCCCCAUCUGCCCAGCCAUU